GCUGCGCUCAGCGCCGAUCCCACCGUCCUGGGCAAGUACCGGGCUGGAUUCAACGAGUGCAUGAACGAGGUGACGCGGUUCCUAUCCACCUGCGAAGGGGUGAACACCGACGUGCGUACCCGCCUUCUCAGUCACCUCUCGGCUUGUCUGGGCCAGAUCGUGGCCAUGAACUAUCCGCCGCCACCGCCGUCCGCUCAGCCCGCACAUCUGGCACAGCAGCCUCUGCACGUCCAGCUGCCCCCUGCAGCAGCCGGAGCCGUGCCCGUGCCCUGCAAACUGAACCCCGCUGAAGCCCUGUCCCCCAAGGUCUAUGGGGGCUUCCAGCUCGUCCCUGCUACCGACGGCCAGUUUGCUUUUCUCAUCCCGAACCCGGCCUUUCCUCCCAGUUCCGGACCAGUUAUUCCCCUGUAUGCCAAUGCCAACGUCCCGGUGUCCGCAGGCAGCGGUUCGGGGAAUGCGGCCGCCACCCCAUCAGCAUCCCCGGUGCAGGGGUUGACAUCAUUUGGGGGCAGCAUUGUUCCAGCGUCCCAGGCGGGAAGUCCCAUCGGAGAGCGCAGUGAAUCGGUGUGGAGGCCUUGGUGA